UUAGGGUUUAGCUUUUUAUUGGUAAUGAAGAAGUAGAAGUGGACAGAACCCGCGUGGAAAACAACUCGGUACAAGUAUCCCAGGUAUAGAAAACAUAGCUAUAUACGUAUAUAUUGCUAAACAAACAAACAAACAAAAAAAUUCCCGUGUAAAUUCUUUUGAUGUGAUUCAGAAAUCACAAUAUGCGAAGAUGACGUGAUAUUCUAACGACACGCGCGCAAGGCUAACGUUAAGGCUAACGAUUUCGUGUUUGUUGGUUAAAGGCACGUUGUGCUGUGUUUUCUUUUUCGUCAUGAUCUUUGCUUUUUAAAGAAUGUUAGAUGAAAUGCAGUCAGAUUCGCGUAAUGAGAUAAUGGACCGCGUUAAUGGAGAAAAGUCGAAGAAGAAGAAGAAGAGAAAGAAGAGUGAAACUCCAGAGCAGCAUGAACUCACUCAGAGUCCAAAGGUGCAGACUGAGGAGCAAAGUGAAAAGGUGCAUAAAAAGAAGAAGAAGAAAAACAAAGAAUUGGAGAAUGUAAAUCUACAGACACCUACAGAGAAAAAGAAAAAAAGAAAACUGGAUGAAGGUGUGGAGGUGGUCACAAGCCUGCAUAAAGAAAAAGACAAGACAGCAGAGUCACCAAAGCCGCAGGGGUCAAAGGAACAGAAGCCUGCUAAGAAAAAGAAAAAGAGAGCAGAUGUGACGCAGACAGAUUGUGAUGACAUGACACAAGGAGAACAGCCUGUCCUGAUGAUAGAACAACAGGAAGUCCCUAACGAUCAGGAAAGUGGCUUACCUGAUGUACUCAUUGGUACUAGAAAACGCAAAAGAAAGCGAGGGCUGGAGGAUGAACCAGAAGUUGACCCCAAUCUCUUGAAUGAACUGAAAGAAUUCUGUCCUAAAAUAGAGUCCAGAAGCUCACAUGAAAUCAAUAAAAUGAUCAUGUAUGAUCUGCCAAGGUUCAAGGAAUUCAGAAAGCAAGGCAUCAUGUUGAGGCAUGGAAGAUACUCUAACGCAGAAAAUGACAGGUUAAGACAGAACGUUAGAGAUUUUCUUGCUCUCACAGGAGUGAAAGAUGCUGUCAAGCUCUUUCAUCCAAAGCGAUUCCCAGCAGAGACACAGGAGUUGACAAAGCUGAAAAAGGUCUACAAGUUUUUUGAAAGGAUCGCUGAAGGAAUUCCCAGGCCUUGUCAUGAUGUUUUUAACCGUGGAAGGAAAGUUUUUGAUGGUGAAAACUAUAAGGGAAGGUUUACAGAAGAAGAAGUCAAGUCAUUGCUUAAGUAUCAUUCGCUACAUGGCAAUAACUGGCAAAAGAUUUCUGAGCUGACUGGGCGAAGUGGUUACUCUCUUGAGAAACGUUUUACCCAGCUUAAUACGGCUAGGAAGACUGGGCCGUGGUCCGCGAAAGAGGUGCAGAGACUUUUGAAGGCUGUGCGAGACCAUAUUGUAACUGUGCUGAAAUCUGAGUCCCCUAAUAAAACAACGCCAAAAAGAGUCAGUAGAGAAAUACUGUACCAAAAAUUGCCCUGGUUCAAUAUUUCUCUGAAGGUGAAAACUCGAUGUUGGAGCAAAUGCAGAGAGAAAUGGAUGUCCAUCCUUGCUGUGCGGAUGUCUUCAGGGACUUGUAGAGGAAGGAAAUCUCAGGAGGCCAAAAUCAGACUCAUUAAAGCAAUGUAUCAAAUGCAAGUGGAGGAUGUUACGGAUGUCAACUGGGAUGAUCUUACGGCUGUUUUCGGGGAUGUUCCUCCAGCCCAUGUACAAGCAAAGUGGCACCAGCUUAAGGUUUCCUAUGUGCCCAAUUGGAAGACCAAGUGUUUUGGAGACAUUGUUGACUUCCUCUAUGAGAAAGUCUUGCCAGGGAUGAUGAAAGACUGUGAAGACCUUGAUGACAAUGAUCUGAAGGUUGACCAGAAGCAGAGCUUCCUUCUAUCUGACAUUUUUAAAGACAUUGAGGAUCACUGCAAUGACAGUGAGGAGGAGAGUGGCCAGAAAGAGGAUGACAACUCCUCUUGAACUUUUAUCAAUUGUCAGACCUUAACAAUGAUUUCUGUUAAAAUCACAUUAAAUAUGCCACAACUGAAGAGAAAAAGACAGUCAAGAUGUACUCGUAAAAGAUGCAUGAUAAUUUUGUUUUAUUCUUGUUAUUCCAUUUUUUUUUUUAUGAAGAAUUGAAUAAACAGGAUUUGUAUCGUGCCCUUUGAA